AUGUAUGAGAGACUAAGAAGGGAAAAGGAUCAUGUAACAUGGGAUACAAUUAUAUGGAAUAUAUUCAAUGUGCCUAAACACAGAUUUAUCUUACGGUUUGUUAUACAAGAGAAAAUGCAGACAACGAAAAAGUUGGCAAAGAUUGGUAUUAGUAGUACAGAUCAUUGCUUAAUUUGUGAUGCUGAACCUGAAUCACAUAUACAUCUUUUUUUUCAGCGUAGAUAUAGUACUGAGUGUUUAAAAGCAAUCAAGAGUUGGCUACUGGGUAUGAGCAGUGCUUCAACUUCUUUAUCAAGUCUCAUCAGGUGGCUGAGGAAUUCUAGGCAUUCGAAGUUCAAGAAACAUGUGUUAGCUGCUGGGAUAGCUAUUGUUAUGUAUGGAAUUUGGCAUAGCAGGAAUAAUAGUUACUGGAAGAAAUGUAUUCCUAGUAUUGAUACUAGUGUUAAUCAGAUGAAGAGUAUAGUAAUAAGAUCAACGAAGUAG